UUUCCAUUUGUCGAGGCGGCAAGCGUCGAAGCAUCUUAUACCGUUCGUCCUCGUAGGCAUUCCAACCGGGAAUUCUCGAAAGCCAGUUGUGCCGUAGAAACACGCGUCGCGGCCUGCCGCUCGCCGGUACUUUCCAAGUGCUCGUAAAAUCGCCGUUUCCCUCGCUUUCUGCCGUUUUCGUGUCCACCGAAUUUUCUUUCCGAGGGACCGUUCCAUCCGAAUACCCAAGUGCCUGCAUCACCACCCACUUGCCCCAAAACUCUUGCGAAUCAUCGAUUCUCUGUCGCAUUGCGGAAGUGGAGGAGCGAGUCGUCGUACGGUCUCGCUUGAAUUGUGCCAUAACAGAGAGAACGUAACUUGCGCUUUGCAGAUUGAAUAUUACCCGGGCAGGAUGGAUGCUGAAACCGGGGCCAUUUUGGCCCUACAAAUAUUGGCCCUCUGUUCGAUAGUCGCAGCCCUGUUGGCUUACCUAAUGCGCCAAUCGAGGAACGCCAACGACGAAUACGAGACGCGUACCAAGCGUCAUGUAUUGGUGACCAGCUGCGAUACCUCGCUGGGCCUACAGAUCGCCCUUGCGCUCUACGAGGCUGGUUACAAGAUUGUACGAGUUGUCGUUCAGGUAUUCGUCGGUCUGCUGGAUCCUUGCGGGAAUUCGCCGUCGAUGAAAAUUUUGAGGGCGAUAGAGCAGCAGAAAGAAAGGGAGGAGGAUCCGGUUGAGAGGAAGCCGCAGGAUCCGGAAGCACGUGCUCGCGGCCAAAUCGUGCCAUUGGAGCUGGACUCGACGAGGGAGGACAGUUUACGCGCUUGUUUGGAUGCAGUUCGGGCGAAACUUCCGGCCGGCGAAGAUGGUCUCUGGGCAAUCGUGUACACUGGCGGGCUGGCGUUACCCGGUGCCAUAGAGAGACAAUCGAGUUCAGCGUGGGAAUCUAUGUUGCGACACAACUUGGUGGCGCCACUUAGGACCGUCAGAAUGUUCAUUCCCCUUUUACGCGUGAAAAGAGGUCGCAUAAUCUUUUUGGGCGAUUCCACGACGAGUUACGGUAGCAAAAGUGGAACAGGAUUGGUGGCGUACAGCGCGUCGAGAAAAGCCGUAGAGGGAGCUGCAGAGGCAUUAAAAAGUGAACUACAAUCCUCCGGGGUCGAUGUCGUUCUUCUUAGACCUCCACCAGUGAAUCCUCUCGUUCUUUAUAAUUCGCCUGUUCUCAAGACGUCUGACGUAGAGUCUGGAAUAGUAUCCUCGGAAGGGACGUGGACCGCGCCUGUAUCUACGAAUGCCAUUCAAAAUUCGUUGAUCCCAGCGCUCACCUCGCCCUGCCCUCACAUUUCUUACGACAUGGUCGCUAAAACCAGACUUUUCUGUAGAUAAAAAUCGGAUUCGAGGGAAAGGAUAUUAUUAAAUUAAUCAUUGGGCCGAAUUCGGUAAUUCCUUCCCUGUGAGAGACUAAUGAUUGUUAAUUUUAUAACGAUUAAUACCAUAUCUAGAAUGCGUUUAAAUCUUUCCAUGUAAUCAAUCUUUUUAAAUUAGACGCAUGAACACACGAGAGGCUUAAAUUCCAAUGAUAUAACAUGUACAG